GCAAUCAGUCGCGAUGCCGCAGGCGUGCGGUGUUCGCGGGUGCGUAAACAGUGUAUGUAAUCGCUCGAAAUAUCGUCGGCACACGGUACCGCGGAAAGAACCUCCACGAAGUACAUGGCUACGACUGAUACAACGUGAUGACGUCCCAUCGAACGCUGCAAUCGUCGUCUGUUUUCUACACUUUCGACCGGACGACUACGAACUCAACGUGUCACUUGUUGAAGGCUCCGGAGUUGGAAAAUUCAAACAUAGACUGAGACCCGAAGUGACGCCGUCGUUGAACCUACCUAAUGCUGCCGCCGCGCAAGAGAACGUGGUACGUAUGUCGCCUGUGACGUGCCUGCAACGGUACAUACUAGAAAUAUAUGUGUCGUGCACCUGCUUAGCACAUUUUAUAAAUUUCAAUCACUUUCCUCAAAUACAGGCAGAACAACGUGUACCAGAAGGUGACAGCCUAAACGGUGACAGUGCAUGUGCCAGCUUAGUCAGUCACGCUUCUUCCUUUGGAAAUGAAGAGAGCGGUUAUUCAUCUCACACCCAACCUGCUUCCCCUGUGCUUACAUCUCAGUCUCCCAGUCCCGACAUGACACCUACAACCGUCCUACAGUGCAUGAACUGUGGGUGCAGGCAGCCCAACAGCGUACCUUUGACUGAAGAAAAAGGGACCCAGUACAGUUUGCCAAGAGAGUCGAAGUGGACCCAAACAACAGUUGUCCAAACUAGGAGAGUCGGCACACAAGCAAAUCAUAAUGCCAAAUCUCUGCAAACAUCGUCAACUCAAACAAGUGAAGACUUCUGUGAACUUGGGCCACAGCACUCAGGCAUUCAAUGGGAACCAAAACGGUGCUCUACACCAGUUAUGAAUGAUGUGACAGAGACCACUAUCGGUGACACUGACAAUCCAGCAGACACCACCUAUGUACCACAACACGACAGCCUUCUUGGUGAUAGCCCUCAAGCCAGCAGUGUCAGUCCCCAGGAGGAGAGAAAAUAUAUAAUAUUCGAAAGCAAGCUGAAAGAACUGUUUCGUUCCUGCACCACAUGCUUGAACCCAUGUACUACAAGCUUCAGCUGUGUUGGUUCCCUCCUCCGAGUUGAGUCCUGCUGCGUAGAUGGUCAUACGUUUGUUUGGGAGAGCCAGCCAUACAUAUCAAAUAAGCCUGCUGGAAACGUCCUGCUGUCUGCAGCAAUUCUGUUUAGCGGAGCAAGUCCCACUCCAACACUGCGGAUGCUCAAACUGAUAAAUGUCAAGAUCUUCUGUGAUCACACGUUUUUCAACUACCAGCGAGGAUACCUUCUACCAGCAAUAACUGAGGUAUGGACACAGCACCAAGCGGCACUCCUGGUUGAGUUGCAGGGCAAGGAAACCGACUUGGCUGCUGAUGGAAGAUGCGAUUCUCCGGGCCACAACGCAAAGUACCUAUCGUACAGUUUCUAUGAUGGGAAGCUGAACAAGGUUGUCCAUACAGUACAGGUUCAGUCAAAUGAAGUGGCAUCAAGCUACCACAUGGAGCUGGAAGCACUGCAGCGUGGCCUUGAAGAACUGUAUGAUUUCAACGUCGGUGUACGGUCUUUGACAACAGAUCGGCAUCCCAGUGUACGGAAAUACAUGCGUACAUCACACCCAGAGGUUAACCACCAGUUUGAUGUCUGGCACGUUUCCAAAGGCAUUCGAAAGAAGCUGAUGAGUGCCAGCAAAGGAAAAGGUUGCGAAGCACUUGAGCUAUGGUCAAAGCCUGUGGUGAAUCAUCUGUACUACUGUGUCACCCACAGCGAAGGAGAUGCAGAGCGUGUGUUAUCGAUGUGGAAGAGCCUUAACAAUCAUGUGUGCAACAUUCAUGAGGGCCAUGAAGGCCCAUAUCCACGCUGUCUGCACCCUGUCCUGGACGAGAACGACCGACCAUGGCUCAUUCCUGGGUCACAGCCUCAGAAGAAGCUAGCAGAGAUAACCCUGGCAAAAUAUCUGUUGAAGGAUAUUCCAAAGCUUUCUCCUGAUGUUCAGACAUCAAACUUGGAAGCAUUCCACAGCCUUCUCAUCCGGUUUGCUUCCAAGUCUGUUGGGUAUGGCCCCAAAACUAUGAAAUGCAGGACGCAGCUAGCCAUCCUGCAUUUCAAUGAAAACUCCAACAGGGCCCAUGCUUUCACAGAAGAUGGAGAACUGCGCUACCUAAUGAAGCGAUCGAAGGUGUACUCUGGAGAGUAUGUUGCGCUGCCCAUCAAGGAGGAGCCUACCUUCAAUUAUGCUCGCAAGCUUCUGGACAAGGUGGUAGAGCUCUGCCAUAAAUGGCCUACAUUUGAUGACGCAUGGGCUGCAAACCCUCCCGAUGAACUGCCUAGUCUAACGAAGAACGAGCCCCCUGUAGACAAGAGGGCACUUGUAGAGGCCAGGCAACACCGUCUAGAGAUGUGUCGCUGCUGCCUGUGCAAGGAAGAUUCGCAAAUGUAGGUCUAAAUCCAGUGUAGUACGUUGAAGGGAACUUUUCCCGAAUUGCCCACACAACACAUGAUGGCAGCACAUGACGGUUCCCUUCGCCAAGGUGCCCCCAGAGCCAGGAUGCACACUGCCGGUAGGCAACAUAGCGGUACCUCCUGUAACAAACGGAACAACAUCAUUAUGACGAGAACUGUAUUUUUCUCCUACAGGGUCUGCUGCUUCAUGGCCGUGGGCCAGCAUGUCAUUUAUUGAACAUGACACUGGAGAUGACACAUUUUGUUUGACAACUUCAAUUUGAGCUUUCAGAAAGCAGCUUGCAGGUGAGUGACUACGAAAGAGUGAAACUGAACCGCAAGACCGAUAGAAUCAUCUGUGUGGAAGGCUAGCUUAUCAUACUACGCACUGGGGACAAGGCAUUUACUUCAUGGCAGUUUCCAUCUGUAGCUUUCAGAGAAACAGUGACUACCUAUAUUACUCUGACACUCAUGCAAUCACCUCUGGAAGAGAGCAUUACGGAUGGUCUGGAGGAAUGCAUGUGGAGACAUCUGAAGACUCUAAACAAAUUUUAUGAAAUGAGCAUCGUCAUGGAUGGUCUGGAGGAACGCAUGUGGAGACAUCUGAAGACUCUAAACAAAUUUUAUGAAAUGGUAAUGCAGCUGCGUUUGUGUUUCACUGGUACGUUGGAGUCUUACAAUUUCCCUUUGACUUUUGUUGCGCAUGAGAGCAUCGUCAUGGAUGGCCUGGAAGAAUGCAUGUGGAGACAUCUGAAGACUCUAAACAAAUUUUAUGAAAUGGUAAUGCAGUUGCGUUUGUGUUUCACUGGUACGUUGGAGUCUUACAAUUUCCCUUUGACUUUUGUUGCGCAUGAGAGCAUCGUCAUGGAUGGCCUGGAAGAAUGCAUGUGGAGACAUCUGAAGACUCUAAACAAAUUUUAUGAAAUGGUAAUGCAGCUGCGUUUGUGUUUCACUGGUACGUUGGAGUCUUACAAUUUCCCUUUGACUUUUGUUGCGCAUGAGAGCAUCGUCAUGGAUGGCCUGGAAGAAUGCAUGUGGAGACAUCUGAAGACCCUAAACAAAUUUUAUGAAAUGGUAAUGCAGCUGCGUUUGUGUUUCACUGAUUACUGAGAACACUUUUUCACGGAUACUUGGUACAGAGGUACAUGCUACUGUUCCUUUGUGUUGGGCAAUGAUCUUCUAAGGAACUGCGACAGACAAAUCGAGGGAGAAGCUUUUCACAGUAACAACAACUUGGAGAGUGUGUGUGACGGGAAUAUAUUUCUGUAUCCCUGGGCAUGAUUGUGAUGAUACACAUCAAAGGUCUGUUGCUACAAACAACAGGCUGCUCCUGAGGCAUUUCUGUGCAUAAAAGACAGAAUUUUCUCUGAAGUGUAAACAUGCUCUUGCUAUCCAAGACCUCGUGUACCAGUGAACACGCCUACUUGUGAAUGCUGAAUUUUGCUUUGAGGGCAUGUUUCUCGCUCAACAGGCAUAUCAGAACAUCAUAUGAACUGCCAGUCCUUGAUAAACUACAACCGGUUCUAAAGAAUUCAUAAAAGCAAGGCAUGAAUGCAAAAAACUUGUUCUUGUCUCUUGGUAGUGAGUAAUGUGCAUAGUUGUUUGUUAUUGUGUCUAAACAGAGUGACUUGUAGCAAUAUCUGACUUCUCCAUUACAAAGUGCACAUGAACGUAUCUAUGAAUGAUAAUAAAAUAAUUCGAGGCUUUAUAUCGUGAAACAACUGUGAUCCUAUCUGUGAAUGACUUAUUGCUUGCAGAAUAAUAAUUACCACUGUGAGUACAACUAAUAAAAAGUUCAUUAGGA